UCCCCACCCAUAAGACUCAUUUUCAGAAAGGUGCACAGGUCUGUCUAUCAGAUGAGGCGUAGAUUUCUGGACAGAGGAGAAGUCCGGACCUAAAUGGAGUCUGCCCUCCCCAAAGCUCUAGCUGGAGCCGGCGCUGCAGGUGUCCAGCAGCCAGGGACACGCCCUCCUGGUGGUUUGCAACCACUGACUGAAUCAGACGAGCCCACAGACCUGGGCAAGGUAGAGGGAACCAAGAGUCAGUCUGGACACCCUGCAGGAGCAAAAGAUGGACAGGAGUUGAACUCAUUUGAUAGCUCUCUGUCCUCCUCGGACAGCGAGGAUGAGGGCAAGAAAGAAAAGAAGAAGAAACAGCUAAAGAAGAAGAAGAAGAAGGAGAAGAAGAAAGAUUCCAGCUCAGCAUCCUCUUCUUCUUCUUCUUCCUCCAGCAGCUCCUCAGACAGUGACAGUGAGGAUGAGAAGAAGAAGAAGAAAAAGAAGAAGAAGAAAAAGGAGAACAACAAGGAUGAGAAGAAAGAGUAUGUCAGGGACAGUGUUUGCAUAUCUGCUCCUGAUGGCCAAAUGGAAGAAGGUGUGAAGAUGAGCCAGGGUUACAACUCAUCAGAUGAUGAGAACGACAAGAAGAAAGAGAAGAAGGACAAGAAGAAAAUGAAAAAGAAGAAGGAUUCUUCCUCAUCUGACAGUUCAUCAUCCGACAGUGAGGAUGACAAGAAAAAGAAGAAGAAGAAGAAGAAGAAGAAGAAGAAGAAGAAGAAAAAGGCCUCCAGCUCCUCUUCUUCAGAUAGCUCUUCGUCAUCCUCCUCUGACAGCGAUGAUGACAAAAAGAAAAAGAAGAAAAAGGACAAGAAGAAAAGGAAAAUGAAAGACAAGAAAAAGGAUUCCAGCUCUUCAUCAGCAUCUUCAUCUUCUGACAGUGAUAAAGAUAAGAAGGAGAAGAAGGAGAAGAAGAAGAAGAAGGACAAGAAAAAGGACAAGAAAAAGACAAAGAAGAAGGAUAAGAAAGAGGACAAAGAGCAGAAUGAGCUCUGCCAUGCUACUGCUCUUUUAGCAGUUGAUGGUGAGCUUGCAGAACCAUGUGCUGACGGAGAUAAAAAGAAAGAUGAAGUUGCUGACAAGGCCAAGAAAACGCUUAAAGCAACGGAAGAAGGCAAACUGUCCUCUGGAUCAGCAGCGGGGGGAGCAAAGGCAUUGCCUAUUGGUAUUGAGGAAGGCCACCUGAGUGAUGAUGAGGGAGAAGGAGGGGAGGAUAAGGAGAAGGAGAAGGAGAAGAAGAAGAAGAAGAAGAAGAAGAAGAAGAAGAUGAAAAAGAUGAAGAAAAAGGAUUCUGAUUCAUCCUCAGACAGUGAUGAGGACGAAACAGACAAGAAAAAGAAGAAAAAGAAGAAGGAGUCCUCCAGCUCCUCUUCUUCAUCUGAUAGCUCCUCCUCGGACAGCGAAGAUGACAAGAAAAAGAAAAAGAAGGAGAAGAAGAAGAAGGAUAAAGACUCCAGCUCUUCCUCCUCUGAUAGUGAAGAUGACAAGAAGAAGAAAAAGAAGAAGAAGAAAAAGAAGAAGUCCAGCUCUUCCUCCUCUUCCUCGGAUAGUGAUGAUGACAAGAAGAAGAAGAAAGAUAAAAAGAAGAAGAAGAAAAAUAAGAAAAAGAAGAAGAAGAAGGAUAAGAUGAAGAAGAAGGAUUCUUCUUCUUCUGACUCCUCCAGUGAUUCUUCUAGUGAUGAUGAUAAGAAGAAAAAGAAGAAGGAUAAGAAGAAGAAGAAAAAGAAAGACAAGAAAAAGGAUUCAGAUUCAUCUAGCAGUGAUGAUGACAAGAAGAAAAAGAAGAAGAAAGACAACAAGAAAGAGAAAGAUAAGAAGAAGAAAAAGAAAGACAAGAAAAAGGACUCAGAUUCUUCUAGCUGUGAUGAUGACAAGAAAAAGAAAAAGAAGAAGAAAGACAAGAAAAAGAAAAAGGACGACCAAAAGAAGCAGGACUCCAGAAGUUCUAGUGACAGUGACAGGAAACAUAAAAAGGACAAGAAGAAGAAGAAAAAGAGUUCUGGCUCAUCAGGAAGUGAAACUGACAAAAAGAAAAAGAUUGAAAGCCCUGAUGGUGAGCAAAGUGUCCUGCCAAAAAUGGAAGUUUCAAGCUCAGUUGGUGGCGGCCUUUCAGCUCCCAGUGACAGCUGCUCCAAGCCUGGUUGUUCUUCUACUUCUGUCAGCUUCGUGUCACUCCCCUCCAAACCCAUGGUGAAGCUGGAUCCUCUGAGUCCUUCAGCUUUCUCCAGGCCCUCUGUCUCUGGCUCUUUACUGAGUAUGGGAGACAGGGCCCCCAUUCGCAGACCCCCCAGCCCCAUGGAGUCUCUGAUGGGGAGCCCAAGGAGGUAUGGAGACGGAGCAACCCGUUCCACCUCCCACCUCACCUCUAGUGAUAUAUUGAGAGGCACCAGGCCUUACUAAUAAUGAGAUGUCAUUGAUCAAAAUAGAUGUUAUGUAUUUUUUUUUAAAGUAUGGCUUACACGAAACUGAAGGAUGUUGUGUAAUGUGAUAAGCUCUAAUUAUGUUCUUACUACCCUGAUUUUAUACACGAAUAUUAUGAUGAGCGGUUACUAUAUAAAGAUGCAUUGGGACAUGAUAAAACACUUUAAGUUGAGGAAGAAAAUGAUUCCAUGAUAAAUGACCAUAUAUAGGCUAUACUUUUUAAUUGGUAAGAAAAUGCACAUUAUUAGCAGAAAUAUUAAUUCACAAUCACAUGAAAUAAUUCAAAAGCCUUGAUUUGCUGAAUAAAACAAUGUGAUUUUA